UGGUGAAGCGACCGCGGACUCAGUCGCGAGGCGUCCGCGGAGGGAACCGCUUGUGUUCACGCCCUUUCUAGUUCCGAUCGCGUUUGAGCGUUUCAAAUUUGAAUUUCGCUGGAACUUGCCUGUGUUUGUGUGUUCAAGCGUGUAUUGGGAAUUAUUUUGAAAUCUCAACACAAUGGACGACUGACCGUGCAGCUCAGUGUUAAUUAAUUUAUAGUUAUUUUUAAAGACUGACUAGUGUUUAACUGUGUUGAAGUGUUCAAUAGUAUUACAAUGGAGGUCAAGACACACAUACUUGCUGCUGCGGCGCUUCUUAUAAUUGCAUCAUCAUGGUGCGAGGCUGCUCGUGAUGCCACCUGCCCCAGGAUCUGCGGCCCAUCGCUGCAGAGUGAACCAGUCUGCGCUACUGACGGCUACAUCUAUCCCUCGCUCUGUGAGAUGAGGAAGAAGACUUGUGGGAAAGGAGUACGUCUGGCUCAAGAUCAGACCUCAUGUUCCCGAGCUCAAGGGUCUAAGUGUGAACAUCGGUGUACCUCUGAGAGGGACCCUGUUUGCGGUACCAACGGCAGGACCUAUCUAAAUAGAUGCAUGCUGCAGGUCGAAAUUUGCAGGGUCGGCAUCGGACUGUCCCACUUGGGAGCGUGCAACAAUAUCAGUGCUCAUAGGGAGAACUGCCCCGUCGAUUGCUCCCAAGCUCCGCUCGAUGGACCCAUCUGUGGAUCUGAUGGAAACGUGUAUAAGAGCACCUGUCAAAUGAAGCUGCUGACUUGUGGGCAAGGAGUAGUACGAACUAACAAGAAACAUUGUCAGACUACCCGGCACUGUCGCGAGUCGUGCUGGCGGGUUGCCAGACCAACCUGUGGAUCUGACGGCAAGCUGUAUGCUAACGCUUGCAGGAUGAAGGCCAGUAACUGCGGAAAACACGUAUUUGAAGUACCAAUGGCGUUCUGCGUGUCACAAGAGAGAACUUCUGGAGGCGAGUCGUGCCCUAAGGACUGCUUGGGACAGAAAGAGAAGCUGGUCUGCGGCUCCGACGAGAUGGUGUACAGGAACGAGUGUGAGAUGAAGAUGCUGAAUUGCGGAAGUGUCAGCAACCGAAAGAUAGUAAAGAAAGUGGACAUGGAGAAAUGCCGAGGCAAGAUGAACCGGUGCAUGAAGGUCAAGUGUCCAGCUGAUGUAGACCCAGUCUGCGGUACCGACCAGAAGGUGUAUACUAACCCUUGCUUCUUGAAGGUCGCUACGUGCCUCAAGGGAGUCCAGUUGGCCCACUUUGGCAACUGCACGCUUCUGCCGCGCUUCAAGGAGGACUGUCCUGAUACCUGCGAGAACGUUGUCGAGCAACCCGUCUGCGGAUCCGAUGGAAAUGUUUACAAAUCAGAAUGCGAGCUCCGCCUAGCAACAUGUGGGCAACACGUGGUCCCAGUAGCUGCCUCCCACUGCCGCACCACUGCUCUCUGCCAUGAAGAGUGUCCUGACACCCCGGCCUUCAUCUGCGGGUCAGACAACCGGUUCUACAAGAACGAGUGUCUCAUGAAGAAGGAGAAUUGCGGCAAGCACGUGUUCGUGGUGCCUCUGAAGCGCUGCCUGGCGCGCUUCCAGUACUCGGGGUGCGCUCGCGUGUGUCCGCCUGAGUACGACCCCGUCUGCGGCACCGACAACAAGACCUACUCUAACAAAUGCUUCUUGGAGAUGGAGAACUGCCGGUCUAGGAGCCUGGUGCAACUAAAACAUCUCGGCACAUGCACGGAGCCCAUCGCGGAAGAACCGAAAAACUAUCUUUAUCGAUAAACUAAUCGAAUAACAGUCAUAUCGAUAUAAUCAUAUCGCUUUCUUUCCAUAAUCAAGCUCUCGGGAGGAGUCCCACUUAUUAGUGCCAACUUUUUUUAAGUAAAAAUAUACUGUUAAAUAAUGUAAGCGACCAAUCUUCGUCUUCCAGUAAUCGAUAUAUUUAAGUAUUACUUAAUUCAUGUCCAUAGUUUAAUCGAUUAAAAAUCGAGAAGGGUUUCACACUAAUCAAUCGCAAAUACUUCUUCACAUUGGGUUUUAAAAAACGGUAUUUGGAUCUUUCUGCUUCGAGUCAGUGUGGUAAUUCUUAUACGACUCAUAUCGAGUUAUCGAAUCGGUUAAACUAUGCAAAUCGAGAAUUUUACUUUAUAAAAUAGAUCAGUACAAACAUUCGAAUUCCAAUUCGCUAUGGCGAAACAAAAUGGCCAACCUUACUAAAAACCUUUUUAGAUAAUUUUUAGUGAUUUUAGAAUUAAUUUUUGACUGUUUUAUUUAUUCUAUUUAUUAUCUGUGUGUAGUGUAAGAUCAUUAUUUUUUGUAAAUAAUUAGUGAAUUUUCGUCAUAUUUAUUGUUUUUUCAUAAGAAUCGAUGCAUUUAGAAGAAGACUUAUUAUUUAACGAUUAUGACAAUAAGAAAUAUCGAUCGAAUUGCGAAACAUUUUUAUGUGUUUUCCGCCUAUUUACGGGAAAUUGGAAAUAAGCUUGUAACUUUU